GUUCCUCAAAUCAGAAGCCGAAGCAGCGGAUAAGGCGCGCGGGAGAGGGGUAGACGAUGGCUUCUGAGCUUUCCGCCAUGCUUUCUAGGUUUCCGUUCUCCGGGAUUGCCUUUUCCUCUGCGGAGCGCUUCAAUGUGCAAUCCCUAGCUCCCCGACUCCCAUUGAUUGGCAGAAGGAGUAAAUGCCUCAAUGGCCGUGGCUUCGCCUUCUGUUGUUCGGUUUCGGGGGAACGGAAUGAUCUGGCUCGAUUGGAUGUCAGCUUCCCCGGUGACUAUGAGGAGCUUCUUGAUCAGGCAAAAGCAGCUACUGAACUGGCUUUGCAAGACAAUAAGCAAUUGCUGGAGAUUGAGUUUCCUACCGCUGGCCUAGAAUCUGUACCAGGUGAUGGUGAAGGGGGAAUAGAGAUGACUGGGAGCAUGCAGCUGAUUCGAGAAUUUUGUGAUCGCAUAAUAAUUCCAGAGAAAGCUGCAAAGACAAGAGUGUUUUUCCCUGAGGCAAAUGAGGUUGACUUUGCAAGACAAUCAGUGUUCGAAGGAACAUUGCUCAAGCUUGAUUAUCUGACAAAACCUUCUUUAUUUGAAGAUUUUGGUUUUGUCACAAAAGUUAAAAUGACAGAUCGUGUAAAGCCAGAAGAUGAACUAUUCUUGGUUGCCUAUCCAUAUUUUAAUGUUAAUGAAAUGCUGGUGGUGGAAGAGCUUUAUAAUGAUGCAGUUGAAAACACUGCUCGAAAGCUAAUCAUAUUCAAUGGAGAGCUAGACAGAAUAAGGAGCGGGUAUUAUCCACCAUUCUUCUAUCCGAAGCUUGCAGCACUCACCAAGACUCUUCUUCCCAAAAUGGAGACGGUUUACUAUGUUCAUAACUUCAAAGGACGCAAUGGAGGAACUCUUUUCAGCUGCAGGUACAGGUAUUUUGGCAAUGAUGAGGCAAUGUUUUUGACAAGCACUGAGGCAAUGUAACUAUUCAUAUGAAUGUAUCCUCGAUGUGUGCUUCCAUUUAGUUGGGUGCACUGGCGGGGCAAAUUUUUUUUUUGCAGCCAUGGUUGUUGCCCAAUUGAAAUGAAGUCUCUUGAGGGUUCAGUUCACACGUGUGUCCCUUAUCAUGUAACUAGUAUGGCGGGGCAAUGGAGCAUUACUUGUCUCCAUUGCAGCCUACUCGUUGCAUUUCUUCGUGAAAUUCAGUUUGGUGUUUAUGUAUUGUAUAUAUA